CCUCCUCUCUGAGAGCCUGGCCCAGUCUAUCCGAUUCGGUCAACAUGGAUUUCAGGGAAAUUCUCAUGAUAGCUUCUAAAGGACAAGGAGCCAACAGCAUACCGAAAAGGUAUAGUUUGGCAGUGGGUCCUGCCAAAAAAGACCCAAAAGUUAAGGGUGUCCAGCCAGCAGCUGUACAAGCUUUUCUCAGAAGAAAAGAGGAGGAGCUCAGACGAAAAGCCUUAGAGGAAAAAAGGAGAAAAGAAGAACUAGUGAAAAAGCGAAUUGAGUUAAAAAAUGACAAGAAAGCAAGAGCUAUGGCCAAGAGGACAAAGGACAAUUUCCAUGGUUACAAUGGGGUUCCUGUUGAGGAAAAGUCAAAGAAAAGACAGGCAAUGGAAAGCCAUGGUCAGGGAACAGACCAAGAGUAUGAGAUGGAAGAAGAGGAAGAAUUCUUAGAAUACAAUCAAGCAGCAUCAGAGCAGGAGUAUGAAGAAGAGCAAAAACCUCCUCCCAAAGUUGAAAGUAAACCAAAGGUCCCCCUUAAAAGUGCCCCACCACUCAUGAACUUCACUAACUUACUCAGGCUGGCUGAGAAAAUGCAGUAUGAACCAGUGGAAAUCAAGGUGGUGAAGAAAACAGAAGAGCGGCCUAUGACUGCACAAGAACUUAGGGAGCGAGAAUUUCUUGAACGAAGGCAUAGGAAAAAUAAACCUGAGGCAGAUGCAAGACUACCUCCAACCAAAAAGGCACCCUCUCAGACAGAAAGUAUGGGCACAAAACCUAGCAGAGUUUCUGGGAACAAGCAUCCUUCCUCCAAGGGUACUCCCCUUCCUUGUGAUGAGAAGAAAUCCAGACCCAACGUAGCUAAUGAGAAACAUUUAGGUUUGUUUUCAUCCAAAUUCUUGCCAGGAGAGAGUACCAAAGCAGGAUCUAGCAACUGCCCCCAACCCUCACUUUGGAAGGACCAUGACAGGCCUGUUUUCAAUGGGGCUGGAAAGACCCACUCGAGCACCUAUUCACCAAGUGUUCCAAAGACUUCUGCUAAAGGGACGCAGAAAUCUGUUACUGAGAACAAAGCCAAAAAAUCUCCUCCACAUCCUAGCCAUUCCAGACCUGGACCCGUGGUCACCCCACAUAAGGCGAAGAGUCCAAGUGUCAAGCAGCCAGGCAGCAGUUCCAGCCCAGCUCCUGGACGGCCCAGCAUAGGGAGUGUUCGGCCUACAGUUAGUUCUGGCUCCGUGCCCAAGCGCCAGGAUGGCAGCUCUAGCUCAGGACCUGAGCGAUCCGUCAGUGGGACCAAGAGGCCAGCCAGUGACUCAAAUCCUCCUGGAAGGACAGGUGGCUCUGGACGACCCAUCAGUGGCUCAGGUGGUUCUGGGAAGUCAGUGAUCAGCUCUGGUGGCCCUGGGCGGCCUGUGCACAGUCCACAUGACCGACGACCAAUGAGUGGCUCAGUGCCCCCCGGGCGGUCAGUCAGUGGCUCAGUUCCAGCUGGACGGACUGUCAGUAGUUCAGGCCCUGGAAGACCAGUGAGCAGCUUGGGACCUGGGCGAAUAGUUAGUAGCUCAGGUCCCCCCCAUAAGCCCAAAUGCACUGUUGUCUCAGAAACAAUAUCUUCUAAGAAUAUCAUUACCCGGCCCAGCAAUGGACAGAUGAAUGGAAUGAAGCCUUCCUUGGCUGGCUACAGAUCUGCCCAAGGUCCUCAAAGGCUUCCCUUUCCUAAUGGUUACAAAAGACAGCGAGACUAUGAAGAGGAGGAAGAUGAGGACUAUGACUCUGAAAUGGAAGAUUUUAUAGAAGAUGAAGGAGAAUCUCAGGAAGAAAUAUCCAAGCACAUUCGCGAAAUCUUUGGCUAUGACCGAAAAAAAUACAAAGAUGAAAGUGAUUAUGCCUUACGUUACAUGGAGAGUAGUUGGAAAGAACAGCAGAAGGAAGAAGCAAAGAGUUUAAGACUAGGUAUGCAAGAGGACUUAGAGGAAAUGAGACGGGAGGAAGAAGCAAUGAAAUGCCAAAAGGUCAAGAAGCUGAAAAGACGUUAGCUGCUGCUUUUAUUUAUUUUUGUGAAACUCUGGAGACACUCUACUGCAAAGAAGUCCGGCCUUCAGACUGAAGAAGCCCAUUCUCAUUUUAGAUUUAUACUUGGGUCCUCAAGGACAAGGAAUGGAUAUUGUAUAUUUUGAGCAUAAAGUAUUUUCAAAUACUUUCCGGGGUGAAAUCUGUAGUGCAGAUGACAUAAUGCCCAGUGAGUGCUCUUAGGAAGUUAACUGCUCACAGGUGCCGGCCUUGAUCCUGAUGAGCUAUGCACUCUAAUGUGGGCCCACUCAACAGUCAGCCAAUCUUCUUUUGUUCCUUUGCUAUUUUAAAAAGGAAAAAAGAUUGCCUCUUGACUUCCAUAAUUCUGUUGAUGGGUGAGUACGGCAAUGGCCGGCUCCCAAUCAAACGUAUUUU